AACUUUCCUUCCAGUUCGUGAAUAGCUCUUCAAAGUGACGGUUGUUUUGUGCGGAAAUAUAGUCUUGGAUUGACAAUCCUUCUUCAUAAUGGGUUUCAUGGCUAGAGUCUUGUUUGUGGUUUUAUCACUGGGAACUGCUGUACUUUACCAAAAUUAUAGAAACAUCUCAAAACCUCUGCCUCCUCCAGCAUUAGAUGUUAAUGCAUAUUGGGGACCAGGUUUAGCAAGUUCUUACAAAGAAGAUGCUUCUAUUAAACCCUUUACGAUCAAAUACGCUGAAGCUGUUAAUGAUCUCAAACAACAGCUAGCACGUCCUCUUAAAUUGCAUGCCCCACUUGAAGACGUCAACUUCGAAUAUGGAUUUAAUAGCAAAGCUUUGAGAAAUGUCAUCACCUAUUGGCGCGACAACUACCUCACAAGAUGGUCUGAACGCGAACAAUUUCUCAACCAGUUUCCACAAUUUACGACACAGAUUCAGGGACUCAAAAUUCACUUUUUACAUGUGAAACCAACUAAACCAGGCACCAAAAAAGUUGUACCUCUACUUCUGCUCCAUGGCUGGCCAGGAUCUGUUCGAGAAUUUUACGAAUUAAUUCCUUUCCUUACAACUCCCUCAAAAGAUAGUGACUACGUGUUUGAAGUUAUUGCACCAAGUUUGGUUGGAUAUGGUUGGUCUCAGGGUGCUUCAAAGAAAAACUUCGGAGCAGCUGAAAUGGCAGUAGUUUUCCGCAAUCUCAUGCUUCGAGUUGGACACAAAAAAUUCCUCAUUCAAGGUGGCGAUUGGGGAAGCAUAAUUGGCAGCAAUGUUGCAACUCUUUUCCCAGAAAACAGCAUUGGAUACCAUUCGAAUUUGUGCUUUACCAACAGUUUGGUAGCAAAUAUCAAAGGAUUCAUAACUGAAUUAUAUCCACCAUUGUUUUUGGAAAAACAUCAAGAAGAAUUCCAUAUUCCUGGAUUGGAUAAAUUCUUCAAUCUUCUUGAAGAAAGUGGUUAUUUCCAUAUUCAAGCAACAAAACCUGAUACAAUUGGUACAGCUCUUCUAAACAAUCCAGUUGGAUUGGCUGCUUAUAUUUUGGAGAAAUUCUCAACAUGGACCAAUUUAAAAUACAGAAAUCUUCCUGAUGGUGGAUUGACACAAAGAUUCACAAUGGAUGCUUUGUUGGACAAUUUGAUGAUUUAUUAUUUAACAGAUUCCAUUACAACAUCACAAAGGCUUUAUGCUGAAGUUUAUGCUCAAAAUCAGAGAGAUAUGAAAAUGGAUCGAGUUCCGACCAGUACACCAACUGGAUGUGCUAGAUUUAGACACGAUUUGGCACAUUCUACUGAUUGGCAGCUUAAGGAUAAAUUUACAAAUUUGGUGCACAGUACCUAUCACAAUGAUGGCGGGCAUUUUAUAGCUUUAGAACAACCAAAAAUUUUGUAUAAGGAUUUUGUUGAAUUUGUUAAGAAAGUUAUGACUUAGAUUUUUUUCAAUUUGGGUUUGUAAAUAAAUUUUGUAAAAUAAAAAAAAAAAACUUUGUAAUAGAGGUUAUUGGUUUAAAAUUCAAUUAAAUUUUUUAGAUUUUUUUAAAAAGA